AUGUUUUGUAAGUUAAAGAGAAUAAAUUCUGGGUUAAGAUACUACUUUUCAUCUAACUAGUAGUAGAAUUAACAUCAGAAUUAUUUUAAUUUUUAAAAUUAAGAUAAUAAUUCUACAUCACAGCAGUCUGCAAACAAUUUUGAAUUUAAAAAUGAAGAAAAUUAUCAAAAGAAUGAUAACUAAGGUUCAUAAAAUUCUUAGUUUGAUGAAAUUGAAUUACCACCCUUUUCAGAUUAGCAAGAUGAAGAUGAAAAGCAGGAUGAAAAUAAAAUUUAGUAUUUAUCCCAAGAAAAAAAUGAUAUUUUGCAUCAAAAAUAUGAUGUUGCCAUAAUUGGUGGUGGAUCUGCAGGUUUGUCUUUUGCUUUAGAAGCUCAUAAAUUGGGAAUGAAAACAAUUUUAUUUAAUUUUGUAGAACCUACAUUCAGAGGUAAUAAAUGGGGUUUAGGUGGGACUUGUGUAAAUGUUGGAUGCAUACCGAAAAAGUUAUUCCAUACUGCAUCUAUUAUUAAGGAUAGCUUAUUAAAAUCAGCAGAUUUCGGAUUUGGUGGAGAUAGGUAGCAAUUUUAAAUUGAUCUAGAUCAUAAUAAUGAGCCUAAAAACAAGCAACUCUUAAAUUUUAGAUGGAGACAACUUGUUUCUAAUGUACAAAAUUAUAUCUCUGAUUUGAACUUGGGAUUCGAAGCUCAACUCAUUAAUAGGAGUAUCCCUUAUGUGAAUGCCUUAGCUACUUUAGGCGAUAAAAAUACUAUAUACUAUACAACUAAUAAAUAUGAUUUAUAUGAUGCUAUUUAAAGAAGAGAUUUUUCUAAAUUAAUUAGCUAGCAAAUUAAGGCAGAUUACAUAGUCAUAGCAGUUGGGGGAAGACCAAAAUAUAUUAAAGAAUGUGAAAACAGUGAAAAAUAUUCUAUAACGAGUGAUGACAUUUUUUCUUUAAAAAACCCUCCUGGAAAAACUCUAGUUUUAGGUAGUGGGUAUAUAGCUUUUGAAAGUGCAGGAUUUUUGAGUAAUUUAGGGAUGAAUACAACGUUAAUGGCAAGAGGUUAAUAUCUUCGUGAAUUCGAUCAAGAUAUUGCUUAGAUGAUAGUUGAGGACAUGAAAUAAUUUAAUGGUGUACGAUUCAUAUAGCAUUCAGUUCCUUAUAAAAUUGAAAAAGAUGAUAAAGAUUAUGUUGUAUGCUACAAGAGUAUCAAAAAUAAUGACGAAUAAUGUGAUAAAUUCUAAACUGUAUUGCAAGCUGUUGGAAGAUAGCCAAAUGUUUCAUUAUUAAAUUUAGAUCAAAUAGGAGUUUAAGUCCAUUCUGAGACAAAAAAAAUUAUUGGAGGUUAUAAUGAAGAUAGUGAGAGAACUUCUGUGGAUAAUAUAUUUUCUGUAGGUGAUGUGCUACAUGGAGUACCUGAACUCAAUCCUAUUGCUUAAAUGUCUGGAAAGCUUUUAGCACAUAGAAUAUUUGGUUUAAAAAUGAAUGAUAAUAUGAAAUAUUACAACAGACAUAAAAUGGAUUAUAAUUGUAUUCCUACUACUCUGUUUACACCUUAAGAAUACAGCUUUGUAGGGUUAAAUGAAGAAUAAGCUCUUCAGCAAUAUGGUAAAGAUAGGGUAGAAAUUUAUCACUCUAGAUUCACUCCUUUAGAAGAAUAACUUACUUUUUCUUAUGAUGACCAGGGCAAUAUCAUCAAAAGAAAAAGUUAUUGUAAAUUGAUUUGUGAUAAAUUUGAUAAUAAUAGAAUUCUAGGUAUGCAUUAUUUUGGCCCUAAUGCAGGUGAAGUAAUGUAAGGCUAUGCUGUAGCAUUUAAAAUGAAUCUAUUUAAGCAUCAAUUAGAUAGUAGUGUUGGUAUACAUCCAACAUGUGCAGAAGAACUGCUCAAUCUUAAAGUUACAAAAAGCUCUGGUGAGGAUUUUGAUAAAGACUCAUGCUGAGCUUGA